CAUGAAUCAAUCAAUUAUUAUACAACUGUGUAUUAUAUUGCCAUAUUCCAUAGCUUUCACAUAUGUACAUACACAAAUGUGCGUAUACUAUAUUGUAUUGUUACAUUCUGAUGAUAGCUUUCACAACAAACUCCUUAAAAUUUGCGUUUCCACGUUUGCAUCUAUCCCAAUAGGGCUUUAAAUAGGCCCUUAAAGUCUUCAAAACAUUGCAUGUAGAGUUAGCUGUUGCUGAUAUCUUGUUUGUUUUCACCCUCUCUCACUCACUCUUUGUUGCCCUUUUCUGUGUUUGUGUCCUAAUUGUUCCAAGCCAUGAUGUUGGGUUCUGUGUUGGAGUUCAUCACUCAAGCUGCUUCCAGCUCAGCAUUCAUCUUCUGCUUCUGCAAUUUGAUCAUAGUCAUAAUUCUGGUGGACUUGAAGCCUAGCCUCAGCAUUCAUCAACAGAGUGAAAUUCAUCUUUUGAAGGGUGCAAAUGAUCAGAAACAAGGAGCUAAUAACUCUAAGCCAGUGGUGGAGAAAGACACAACACCAAUGCCACAGGCAGUGGAAGUGGAAGAAGUGUCACAUGAUCAUGAAGCUGAAACAGUUAAGAAUAUUGAAAUUGAAGGUAAUGAUGAUUGCAGCAAUGAAGAUGAAGAGAAGGUGGAACAGGAAAAGGAUGAUGACAGAAGUGAAAAAGAUGACAGCAAUGAUGAACUGAGGAAAAGAGUGGAAGAAUUUAUUCAGAAAGUUAACAAAGGGUGGAAGGAAGAAUUGUUGAGCACAUCAAGCUUGGUAUAGGACUCAAACAAUGAAGAAAGUUAGGCGUUAACAUUGGGUUAUUAAACUUAUUAAACUCUGGCUAGAAACUUUUGAGUCUUGUGUUGAAUUUUGCUGUGUUAUAUGUAUCAUUCAAGAAAAUAACAUAGAAAUAGUUGUUUAUAUGUGCAUACAUAAUCAAUCUCUCUUGCUUUUUGUGCUUUGGAGGCAAUUGCUCCAACAUGACAACCAUGGUAUGUUAAACCAGAAAAUGAAUGAAAAGUUAAGUGAUUGAGUUUGCUGGUGAAA